GAAGUCCUCUCAUCUCGACCGGUCUGGAGUUGACGAAACUCGAGAGAAAGAGAGGCUUGAGAGGGUGCCCCCCCGCCCCGCACGCACACACCCGGGACGAUCUCAGAUUGAGCCUCUGAGUGGCGAGAAUCGCAGGCGAGAGCUCCGUGCCUAGGACGGACCUUUUCGCACGAGGCAGGAAAAAAAGAGGGAGCCGCGCCGGUUUCUUUCCACCAUGCAGGAUAACAGUGUAUGGGUGCCUAUGAGAGACCAUCCUUCAGAAGAUGUUGAUGCUCUGAUUCCUCCAUCCCAGAUGCCGAACAAAUGGGAUUUUGUCCUGGUAUGUGAUGAUCACAAACCCUUAAGUACAAAGAAAAGCAAGGAAGAAGAGUUUUUGGAAGAACUGCGUAAGAAAAAGUUAAUUGUCGAGACAAUUAAGGACAAAAAGCUAUUUCAUGGAAUCCGUGCCCAAAGUUCAAUUAUCCAAAAAUACAAGUGCCUUUUGAGCGAUCCUGACUAUGAAUUGGAUUAUCUGAACACACAGCCAGAAGAUGAACAGCAGGGAAUGACUUGUACAAGGAUACGUAUUGUCAACUUUAUCCUGCAGAACACGGAUAUAUCUUCAAAGCAGAAUUUUCAAGACUUGAUGAAAGAAAAUGUCUUUGAAACAGCAUUUCCACUCCAUGAGAGAAAGAAAAACGAUACGUUCCUGAAGAUAAACUGGAGAAGUAUCCACAAUACACAUCUUAUUGAAGAACUUAGGAUGUAUUCUGGGGAGAAAGUCGCCCUAUAUUUCGCCUGGCUGAGCUGGUACACUUACGUCUUACUCAUAGCUGCAGUGCCAGGCAUAAUUCUUGUCAUAUAUGGCUUCAUGUCCUUUAAUUCCAGUCAGGUCAGCCAAGAGAUCUGUGCAGCCAACACUACUAUCAUGUGUCCACUCUGUGAUCAGAAGUGCCCAUUUUGGCCACUGUCAGAUACUUGCACUUAUGCUAAGCUCACCCAUUUGUUUGACAAUGAAGGGACGGUACUCUUUGCAAUAUUCAUGGCUGUUUGGGCCACUGUAUAUUUGGAACUAUGGAAGAGACAAAGAGCUAAAGUGGUUAGUGAAUGGAACCUAUAUUGGUGGGAUGAAGAGAAGGAUGAUUUGGCCAUGGAGCUCAUUAGUAAUCCAAAAGGCCGUGAAAUCCGGAUGUACCAACACUCUUAUGUGCGCACCACAAUUGUGCUCAUCUUAUUUACACUUAUGAUCUGUGUGCUGAUUGGUAUUGCACAUGCAAUUGUCCUUUAUCGGGUCGUGGUGACAGUUCUAUUUGCUCAAUCCAAUUCUGGAUUCUUUCGAGAGCGAGCCACUACUAUGGCAGUAGUAACUGGGGCUGUGUUGCAUUACUUGUCCAUCAUCAUUAUGAGCAAGGUGAAUAGGCACGUAGCUGUGUUCCUCUGUGAUCUGGAGAAACCAAGGACAUUCUCUGAACGAGAGAACAACUUCACAGUCAAAAUCUUCAUCCUCCAGUUCUUCACCCACUUCUCUUCUCUAAUCUACGUUGCUUUCUUCUUAGGGAGGAUUAAUGGCCACCCUGGAAACUAUGUUCGUGUUGCUGGCAAGUGGAGACUGGAAGAAUGCCACCCUAGUGGUUGCCUUUUAGAUCUCUUUAUCCAGAUGGCUAUAAUCAUGACAUUAAAACAAACCCUGAGCCACCUUCAGGAGUAUUUGUUACCCUGGAUAAAGUGUCAAUGCAGAAAGCUGUGUGCCAAGCCCAAAUCCCACAGCAGAGUUCACAUGGAGGAGAGUGCCCAGAACCAAUGCAAGGAUGAAUGGUUGCAGAACUACCAGCUUAACGAAGUCGAUAUCUUCAGUUUAUUCAAUGAGUUUUUGGAGAUGAUGAUCCAAUACAGCUUCACCACCAUUUUUGUGGCUGCCUUCCCACUUGCCCCAUUGCUGGCCUUUUUCAACAACCUCAUUGAAAUUCGAUACGAUGCUGUCAAGAUGGCAAAACUGCAGAGGCGGAUGGUGCCCAGGAAAGCCAAGGAUAUUGGUAUUUGGCUGCAGGUCGUGGAAGCGAUUGGUAUUUUGGCUGUCAUUGCCAAUGGCCUUGUGAUUUCUAUCACUUCAGACUUCAUCCCCAUGCAAGUGUAUAAAUAUACACGCGGUCCGUGUAUGCAGAAGAAUUACACUGGCAUAGACUGUUUCACAGGUUAUGUGAAUCACAGCCUGUCUGUGUUCUCCAUCCAGGACUUUGAGAAUCGUGAUGAACUGCCAGUUCUUAAGGACUCCAUGGGGAAUAAAAUAACCCACUGCAGGUACCGAGACUACCGGAACAGUGAUGACUACAGUUACUCUGUUGAGUUCUGGCAUGUUUUUGCUGCACGCCUUAGCUUCCUUAUCGUGUUUGAACAUGUGGCCCUGUGCAUCAAACUGAUUGCAGCAUGGUUUGUACCUGAUGUCCCGAGAAGGAUUAAGAAUCUGCAUCUGAAACAGAAAUGUGAGAGGCUACGGAAACAACUAAGUGAAAUGGAUAACUCCACAGAAGUAUAGAGAAAUGCCAAGGAAGGUGUUGAGAAGGUAUUCAGAGCCAGUGCCUUGUGGAAUGGUGCUAUUGGUUUUGAAGAUGACAGAAGAACUCUGGAAGCCUUGUGAUUCUCUUACUGAUGUUGUUGAAGUAUUUUGUCUCUUUACUGAAAUGCAAAGUUAGCUUUAUAUGGUAAGGCAGCUUUGAAUAUUUCAGCAUUCCUUGAAGAAGUGAAAGUAUAUGGUAGGAACAGAGCUAUACAUAAGAGAAUCAGGCAGAAUUAAAUGAGAAUGUUUGCACAGUCAAGUAAAACGAUUUGUAGACAGGCUCUCAUAGCAUUUUGGUUUACCAGGAUUUCCAUUCACUUCUACCAUAAGUGACAGGCAAGAUCUUAGAACUGACAUAUCCCAUCACUCACAGCACAUCUGACAUUUAUAAUGACACCUGCAUAGAGCUAUAUGUCUUGUAAGCACUGAUCAUAAAGCAACACAAAAUCUCUGUCUCCAUUCAUUGGAGUGUGUCAAUGUUACAUUUAAUUGUCAUCUUUAUUUUGCUAUAGCCCUUGAUUUAAGUAGAAAUAUAUAUUUUUGUGGAGUCUGGAUUCUUUGGGCAAAAUCCAAAGGAAAAAUUUGUAUGUCCCUACAUUGGCAGAGAAAUCCCAACAAAAUCUACAAACUGGUUUUGAAAAUUCCCAUGAAUUCAUAAGGCAGCUUGAAGGAUAGGGUAUGAAAGAUGCUGGAUGAGAGAUUCAUUAAAAGAAAGAAGGGAAACUGAAUAAAGCUCUACCAUGAAAGGCUCAGAGGCCCUGUGUGAUUACCAUAUACAAACAAUUUGGCGUUUCAUACCUGGUGUAGAAGGAAGUUCCAAUUAAGUUAUGUCAGUUUUGCGAAACAAAGUACAUUAGAAAGAAAAGCAGCAAAAGCUGAGGCUUCAAGUUUUCUUUUAGAUGUGGUCCAACUUGUGUCAUUCAUCUUUUGUUAUGUGGAUUGAGUUAGAACAUUUAAAUAAAUAUUGUAGUUUAAUCUUUUUUUAAAAAACAACCAAACAAAAUCUUUGACUCUGAAUACUUUAGUUUUUCAUUGUUUUCAAAUCUUACAUUUUGUACAUAUUAAAUUACUUACAAUAGAACUAUUUCAUAAUGUUGAGAAUGUAAAACUGCAAUUUAUACUAAAGGACAUUUCUGUAUUAUUUUAUUGUAGGGAAAAAUCCUGACUCUUUGCAAAGAAUUUAGUUGUUGAUUUCAGUGGUCACACAAUUAUACUUGCUGGCUCCUGAAGUAUAAUUGGGAGUUUUGUCCCAAAACAGUCUGGGUCCAAAGCCAAAAAUGACCUUCAGAUGCCUUAUACACAUGUACUUUCCACUGACGGCUCCUGUGUCCUAUUGUGGCUUUGGCAAAAUCUAAAUUUCACUGUAAGUUAGCAAUACUUGGCGAACAAUUCCAAGUACAUUGCUUGAAGCACAGUGAAAUUUGAUUCUAGGUAGAUUUGUCUGAGAAUCUGUCAGUGCCUCAAUCCUUAAAGCAUUUUUGCUUAGGAAAUAAUAUUUUAAUGAUGUCUUACUCCAGUAUGAAGUGCAGAGUUUGACUCUGUGGAUUACUUGGACAAAAACCUUAUACAUUGAAGGAGGGGGGUGCCUUAAUUCUACUUAGAUUAUUCGUUGCUGGGUUGUGCCUUGUCCUGUUCAAUGUUGUACUUUUAAAGAAAAACAGACAUUUACUCUGAAAUUCUGUGCAAUAAGUGUAAUUUUUAUUAACAGAAAUUUUAUAAAAUAAACAUGUUUAAAAGA